AUGGGUCGUCUCACGGGUGAUGACUACUUUGCUGUUGAGUUACAGGCUCACAAUAGAAAGUCCAAAAGGCCAGUUGUCCAGAGCCACCUGCCAGGGACGGCAGCCGGAACCCAACGAUUGUUCGGCCUGCAAUCUAUUUCUCACAUUUCACCAUCGCAUAAUGCAUCGAGUCUGGCGCUUUGCCCUGGAUUCGAGGCGCCUUUGGUUCCGUUCUUGACCUGGCGACAUUCACUCCGGUAUGGGAGAGACACUGCCGUAGCAAACGUGAUCACUGGACCAGCUCUCGAGCUGCUCAUUCAGACAAUCGUCAAAAUGCAUUUCGCUUCACUUCUAACUCUUCUUUCUACCCUAGGAGCAGUAUCGGCAUCACCUCGCUUUGGUACGAGAGGACAUCACUUCCGCCGUGCAGGCACCGGCAACGACACAACAAACCCCUUCGACGGGAAGAAGCUUUACGCCAACCCAGACUGGGCCGAUAAGCUUGAACAGACUCAUGAUGCCUUCGUCGCCAAGGGUGACACUGUAAACGCAGGCAAGGUCCGAACCAUCCAAGAUAUCGGUACAUUUGUCUGGAUUGCGGACGUUUCUGGUCUAGCAAAUAUCGACACGGCUAUCGAACGAGCCCGUGCCGUUCAGUCUAAGACGGGCGAGCAGCAAAUUGUCGGUCUGGUACUCUACGACCUCCCUGACAGAGAUUGCAGUGCAGGAGAGAGUGCUGGCGAGUUUAGCAGCGAGAACAACGGGCUUGAGUUGUACAAGGAGACCUUUGUCAAGCCAUACGCAGAGAAGCUGGCUGCUGCCAGUGACUUGACCUUUGCCGUUGUUCUCGAGCCGGAUUCCUUGGCGAACCUUGUAACGAACUUAGGAAUCGAGUUCUGUGCCAAGGCGCAACCGGUGUACGAGGAUGGUAUUGCGUAUGCUAUUUCAAGCUUGCAGUAUGAUCACGUCAAUCUCUACAUUGAUGCUGCUCAUGGUGGAUGGCUAGGCUGGAACGACAACCUAGAGCCUUCCGCGAAGCUCUUCGCCAAGGUCGUCCAGAAGGCCGGCAAUAACACCAAGAUCCGCGGUUUCUCGACCAACGUCUCAAACUACAACCCCUUCCACGCCAACCCCCGCGCAAACUACACAGAAUGGAGCAACUCGUAUGACGAGAACAACUACGCGCUAUCCCUUUCUCCCUACCUGGAGGCUGAAGGUCUGCCAUCCCGGUUUAUCAUCGACCAAGGCCGUGUCUCCAACAGCAGAGCCGAGUGGGGUGAAUGGUGCAAUGUCCAUCCAGCCGGGUUCGGUAUGCAGCCCGGCACGCCGGUGAACAACACCCAUAUUGACUCCAUCGUGUGGGUGAAGCCAGGUGGCGAGAGCGACGGACGCUGUGGUCUUGAGGGUGCACCUAGGGCUGGUGCUUGGUUCGAUGAGUAUGUACAGAUGCUGGUCGAGAAUGCUGACCCUUCUAUCCUUCCGAGUGACGCUUAA